GCCCCGCCCCCCACGUCACGUGACCGCCGCCAUUUCCCCCCGCCAGCUCCUACACCGCCGCCGCCGCCAUGUUGUCCGCACGCCUCGCCGCUUCGCUCCUGCGCGGAGUUUCCAGGCAGCCGCACGUCGCAAGGAAUGCCUUGGCGGCAGGUUUUGUGGCCAGCAGAAAUGUCCACACUUCCAUGCCCUCCCCUGUGCAAAAGACUGGCACUGCCGAGGUGUCGUCCAUCCUCGAGGAAAAGAUCAUGGGCGCGGACAUGUCGGCCGAGCUGGAGGAGACUGGGCGCGUGCUGUCCAUCGGCGACGGUAUCGCCCGUGUCUACGGCCUCAAGAACAUCCAGGCUGAGGAGAUGGUGGAGUUUUCCUCAGGCCUGAAGGGCAUGGCGCUGAACCUGGAGCCAGACAACGUGGGUGUGGUGGUGUUCGGUAACGACAAGCUCAUCAAGGAGGGCGACGUAGUGAAGCGUACGGGCGCCAUCGUGGACGUGCCCGUCGGAGCGGAGCUUCUGGGACGCGUGGUCGAUGCCCUCGGCAACGCCAUCGAUGGCAAGGGCCCCCUGGGAGCCAAGCUGCGUCGCCGAGUCGGACUCAAGGCACCCGGUAUCAUCCCUCGCAUCUCAGUGCGCGAGCCCAUGCAGACCGGCAUCAAGGCCGUGGACAGCCUGGUGCCCAUCGGCCGUGGGCAGCGUGAGCUCAUCAUUGGUGACCGGCAGACCGGGAAAACUGCCAUCGCCAUUGACACCAUCAUCAACCAGAAGCGCUUCAACGAUGGCACGGAUGAGAAGAAGAAGCUCUACUGCAUCUACGUCGCCAUCGGGCAGAAGCGAUCCACUGUGGCACAGCUGGUCAAGAGGCUCACAAAUGCGGACGCAAUGCGCUACACCAUUGUGGUGUCGGCUACUGCCUCUGAUGCUGCUCCCCUUCAGUACCUGGCUCCCUAUUCUGGCUGCUCCAUGGGCGAGUUCUUCCGUGACAAUGGAAUGCACGCGCUCAUCAUCUACGACGAUCUCUCCAAGCAGGCUGUUGCUUACCGCCAGAUGUCGCUGCUGCUGCGUCGCCCCCCUGGCCGUGAGGCCUACCCCGGCGACGUGUUCUACCUGCACUCCCGUCUGCUGGAGCGCGCGGCCAAGAUGAACGACAACUUCAAGGGAGGCUCCCUCACCGCUCUCCCUGUCAUCGAGACCCAGGCCGGAGACGUGUCUGCCUACAUCCCCACCAACGUGAUCUCCAUCACCGACGGGCAGAUUUUCCUGGAAACUGAGCUCUUCUACAAGGGCAUCCGUCCGGCCAUCAACGUGGGUCUGUCCGUGUCUCGCGUCGGUUCUGCUGCUCAGACGAAGGCCAUGAAGCAGGUUGCAGGAUCCAUGAAGCUGGAGCUGGCUCAGUACCGUGAGGUCGCUGCCUUUGCUCAGUUCGGCUCUGACCUGGACGCGUCCACGCAGCAGCUGCUGAACCGUGGCGUCCGCCUUACAGAGCUGCUCAAGCAGGGGCAGUACGUGCCCAUGGCUAUCGAGGAGCAGGUGACUGUGAUCUACGCUGGCGUGCGUGGCUACCUUGACAAGCUGGAGCCAAGCAAGAUCACCAAGUUUGAGAGCACCUUCCUGGCGCACAUCCGCAGCCAGCAGCAGGAGGUCCUCACCACCAUCCGCAACGAAGGAAAGAUCUCCGAUGAAACUGACGCUAAGCUGAAGAGCAUCGUCCAGACUUUCCUCUCCACCUUUGAGGCGUAGACUCCGCCAACGAGAAGGAGUCUAACCCAAGGAUAUUUUGCCUCUGGGGCAACACGGUGCAGCUUUCAGUGUUCAUGCGUGCGUGUAUACGCGCUUACACAACAAGGAUGUGACAAUUCAUUCAUUACAGUUCCACACUCGGUGGUGCACGCGAUUAACCUAGCGUGUAAAAAGUUAAUGGGUUCCUCGUUUGUGUUGAAUAGGCUUGGUGCAUGAGAACUGUAGCCACUGUGUAUUCCACGUGCACCGUAUAUACAAACAAUGGAUUUGUGACCUCGAGUCUUAAUGACCGAAUCGUGAAGGGGUGAAUUGUUAUAUUCCUGUUGCACAUCUGCGCGCCCGCAUGCUGCACCCUCAUGGCUGACAUUCAGAUACCAGACCAACCCAGGCCAAUUCACACCAGGGACUCGAAUUUUGCAAAAGCGAAAAGGUAUUUUCUGCCAAUAUUUGGUGGAGAAAACAACCUAUUUGCACCAUUUCUGUCAGGCUGGCUAUUUUCCACCAAAACUUGAUGGGAACGACGUUUCCGCCAACACUUGGCUUGAGUUGCAAGUGUAAAGCUACCAAGACGCGAUAUGAUGAGUGGACGUGCGUUUAUGAGCAAUCGCAUUUAGCAGCGUGCUUUCCAGUGGUAUAAUUCAAUGGUUAAGAGUGGUCACAUUGGCAAUGCUUACCCUGUACUGUUAACCUGUCUUUCAAAUGCUAUCCUCUCGCUUCAACCUUUGGGCAGAUCGUGUUAUUGGACUGUAUUGACCCUAUCGGUUUUGCUGCUCCCCCAACGCUUGUAGCGUUUAAAUAUUUCCCAAUUCAUUUCUCCUCUUUUGGGGUCUUUUCACUUUUUAACAAAGGUAUUGGGAUUGUUUUGUCUUGCGCGAUCGCAGAAGCAGCCGCACAAUGAGGAACGUUGAGGCUAGUCCGUGUCUCCCUGCUCUAGUGAGCAUUGGGGCAGCACUCGCCUCUGGCGAUGACCCUUAGUCCACAUUCUCACAGUGUAGUACUUAUUUGUAUCCACUCCAGGUGGGUUGAUGGGCUAAGCACCACCCGACGGAUGUAAUUGUGUGUUGAUACUUUGUGAAUUGAAUGCUGGGUCUGUAAACCGAUGGUGGAUGGAAAAGAUACAAUUUUGUAUAUUAAGCCAGCUUUUAGAAUUGCUUCUACAUCGCUACGAUCGUGUUGGAAAAGUGUGCAAGGCGGCAAAUGAAAAGCAUGCUCAUUUAUCCCUGGAUGUUGUGAUUCACUGGAGGUGGAUAUUUGAUUUUGUUUUGUUCUGCCCAUUGGUCUUCUGGGAACUAACGCAUCAGUCUUGGUCUGGAGUCGUGUUGCACUGUUGCAAUAAAAUGUGUGUAAAUUCACAA